AUGGCCUACCGAUCCGAUUUCACUCCUCGCCGCAUCCACAAUGACUAUUUCGGUAUCGACAUCGGCCUUCGUGGCAACUGGUUGCUCGCCGUCACCACUGCCAGUUGUGCUGCUGGCUUCUCGCUUGUAGGUUACGAAAACGGUGUGAUGGGAGGCCUCGUCGGUCUCGGAGAGUUCAACAAAUCCUUCAACAACCCCGAUGCCAACACCAUCGGUAACAUCGUCUCUCUCUACGAGAUCGGUUGUUUCAUCGGUGCUCUUUCCACCUUCAUCAUUGGUGAUUUCCUCGGUCGUAGGCGAACCAUCCUUCUUAGUGCCGUUGUCAUGAUUGCUGGUGCCAUCAUCCAGGCUGCCAGCAGCACUGUCCGCGUCAUGAUUCUAGGUCGGAUCGUCUCUGGUCUUGGUAUGGGCGCCAUCAACUCCACCGUCCCUAUCCUCCAGGCCGAGACUGCUCCUCCCAUUUCUCGUGGUAAGCUUGUUGCCAUCGACUUGACCGUUCUCAACUUUGGUAUCGUCAUCUCCUACUGGGUUGACUACGCUUUCGGCUUCAGCGGUCUCUCUGGUAGCAAGGUCUGGAGAAUUCCCAUCGCUCUCCAGUGCCUUUUCAUCGUUUUCCUCAUGCUAUGCACCACCAUCAUCCCCGACACACCACGUUGGCUCGCAUCCAAGGGUCGUGAGGCCGAGGCCAUCGCCGUCCUCGAGCGUCUUCACAAUGCUCCCUUGAGCCACCCUGAAGUCCAGAAAUCUUUCGCCGGUAUCCAGCAGGCCAUCGAGCACGAGCGGGCCUCUGCUUCCACUGGCUGGAGCGCACUCGUCGCAAACGACCUCAUCCAGACUCGCAAGCGUCUUUUCCUUGCUUGUUUCAUCCAGGCCGCCCAGCAGUUGUCUGGUAUCAACGCCUUGAUAUACUACUCAGGAACUCUCUUCUCUCAGUCCAUUGGCCUCGACAAAAAGCAAUCUGCCCUUUUUUCCGGUGGUCUCAACAUGUGUCUCAUCCUCGGUUCCACCGUCUCCUACUUCCUCAUUGAUGUUGUCGGCCGUCGCAAGCUUCUCAUUCCCUGUAUUGCCGGUAUGGCUGCCGUUAUGUGCGCUCAGACCGGCCUCGUCAAGACCGUCCAGGAGGGUGGUGCACCCAUCUAUGGUCGUGCCGCCUCCGCCAUGCUCUUCGUCUUCGAGUUCUUCUUCUCUCUCGGUUUCCAGGCUACCGUUUGGCUCAUUCCUUCCGAGGUGCUUCCCCUCCUCAUCAGGACCAAGGGUUCCGCUCUCUCCACCGCAAGCAACUGGAUUUUCAACUUUGCCGUUGUCAAGUUCACCCCCUCUGCCCUCGAGCAGAUCAAGUGGAAAACCUACAUCGUCUUUGCCGUCCUCAACGCUUGCUGGGUCCCUGUCAUCUACUUCUUGCUCCCCGAGACCAAGGGCAGGAGUCUCGAGGAGAUUGACGAGCUCUUCGCCACCGACAACUGGCACAUUGACACUGUUCACGCUGCUUCCGACAUCAAAGCUGCUGCUCACCAGGACAACGAUGUCGAGUACGCUGACAACAGCUCCAGCAAGGACAGCGACAAGGAAGGACGCGUUCCCACCGCCACUGCUGACCUUUAA